GCCAAGAAUACCUAAGCCUUUAAAAUAUAUCGGGUCAUUCUAGCCCACGAUAUAUAUUAUCAACGUAGAAAAGGUAAAAAUUACUUAAGACCCUUCUGUAAUUUUGAAAACGGUUACACUAUAACUAUACAAUUAUAUAUCCUUAUUUCAGCCUCAGUGCAAGUGAUUAAAGUUUUUUAAGAGGUGUCUUCUAAUACGGUUUAGUGGGUCAUGUAGGGGUUCUAAUACAUGCACCGACAGGGCUUCUGGCCUUAUUAACAACGCUCACGCACCCCAUACUCACCAACUUGUCCGUAACUGUUUGAUCUAUUAAUAUUAUCUAUUGUUGACGGAUUUCGGGAUCUCGUUAUAUUGGAAAGCAAGGCCUGGGUAGGAGAUCAUCUAUGAAUGGAUAGGCUGUUCGGGACAGCCAGUUCGCGGCGCCAUGGCGCCCGGACUGCUACUCUGUGCGGCAUGGUAUUACACCAUACUUGCUGGAUUUUAUAUCUUGUACUGUCCCGUUAUGUAUCUAAUGUUCUUCAAUCACAAACUAUAUAGGAAGCUUGUUGAUGUUCUUUUUGCGUUAUGGGAAUUGUUUCCAGUGGCGCUUUUCCAAUGGUGCUCUAACGCGGAAAUGCAUCACUACGGUGAUUAUGUAAAUCCGGAUGAAAGGACCAUCAUUGUAAUGAACCAUCGUACUCGAGUGGACUGGAACUAUGUGUGGAUAGCGUUGUACCAUGCCACUCAAAGCGGCGUCGAAUGUGUAUGUAAGAAGAAACCUAACGCAGAGACUACAGAGAGCCAUCUACUGGAUGUCGGUGGACGGUCCAAGACCAAGUUCGUUUUAAAGGAUGAGCUGAAAGCAGUUCCAGGCAUGGGCUGGAUAAUGCAGCUGAACUUCUUCCUAUACGUGAAGAGGAAUUGGCGCGAGGACCAGCUCAGCCUGGCGCAGUUCGUCGACUACUACAAGAGACUCGGCUGCCCCUGUCGAGUAGUGCUGUUCCCAGAGGGAACGGACUUGAGCGAGGAGAACAAAAGACGGAGCGAGAGAUUCGCUACUACACAUAACUUACUAUUGUACGAGUAUGUGCUCCACCCCCGCACCACAGGGUUCGCGGCGCUGUGCUCACGGCUCCGCGGCGCCGGGCUUGCGUCGGUGUAUGACGCCACCGUGGCGUACGAUGUUCCCGCGCAGACCGAAGCCGAUCUGCUCCGAGGGCAUAUGCCCAGACACAUCUACUUCCACUUUAAACGUUAUCCCAUAGAAGAUCUUCCGCUCGAAGACGAUAUGCUCAAGUCAUGGCUGAAUGAUCGUUGGCGCGAAAAGGAAACCAGUUUACGGAAAUUCCAUAAAAACGGGCAGUUCGUGGACAGUUCGACCAAGAGGCCGCCCCCAGAGCGGCCGCCGCGGUCCCUGCACGAGGCGCUAUUGGCGCUGACCCUCUGGCUGCUGGUCGACUGUCUGUUCACCUACGCCCUUCUCACCAGCCUCCUCUUCCGAUUCUGGGUCCUCUACCACACACUACUCUUCAUAUUCGUCACGUGGUACUUCGGCGGGUUUCAGAACAUUCAAUAUAAACUAUCCGAGAGUCUAAACGUGUAGUCUUGCCAAGCUAAGUAGGCAACGUUUUUGACAGCCCCGCCGCGCCGAUGCAGAUGUUACAAUGUAACAUUGUUACAUAACGUGAAAUACCCCAAAAUGGACGGUGAUGCCAUUAUGGAUAAAAAAACACAAAUCCUUAAAAAUAAGUAUCUAAAAUUAGUUUCUAAAAACUGACGGCUA